AUGUUCCGCUCCGUCCUCACUUUAGCUGGACACUGCUGUCAGUUUGAUAUACCGUAUUUCAAAGAGCACACAGACAAUCAGACAAACUUUAUAUCUGGACUGGACUCCACUGAAGCACUGGACAUUAUAGUAAAAGGACAGGGUCACAAUGGUUAUUCUGUGCUGUACGUAUACGACUAUGAGAACCGAGUGACGCUGGUAGACAGCUACUUCAGUUUGACGCCCGAAUCGUUUUUUGACGUCAACGUGUACGUCUGGGCAAUUGACUCGUCGACCUAUGUCAAGGCACUGCCACUGUCUGGCAGAAAGUGUAUUUGCUUUCAGGAUCAAGGCACGGGAGGUGGCUUCCACCAGGGUUGUAUGACUAGACUCAUCUUGAAGAGAGUGGUGAACCGAUGUAGAUGCCUGCCUUUUGGGUACUCUUCUAAAGAAUUAGACUCUGAAGAAUUUGCUAAAUGCGCAUGGGAACAUUACAUUUGCAUAUAUCAAACCAUAGAAAUGAUUGAAGUUGACAUAAAGGAUAUAAUAUCUGAUAGUGAAUGCUAUCAGAGAUGUGACUACGUUGAGUACUCUACUGAAGUGGAGUUUGUUAGAAACCAGAGAAAUUUCAAAAAACUAAAUGAAAAUAACAGCAGGGUUUUGGUACAUUUUGGACAAAAUACUUGUAUGAAAUAUAGAAGGGAAGUUCUUUAUACUUGGGACCAGAUGUUGGCAAACCUGGGCGGUAUCUUCGGCCUCUGUCUUGGCGGUUCCAUCAUAAGUGUCAUUGAAAUCAUAUGGUUUCUAACAGAAAUUCUAUGUUCUAUAAUCGCUUCAUCUUGCCGAACCGCUGUGGUACCAAAAGAUGAUGACAAAAAUAAAGUAUUCGUAGUUUCUCAAAAGGAUAUGUUGUCUAAGCAGAAAUCUGGGAAAAGGAUUGUGGGGAAAUAUAAGUUUGUUCAUUGA